CACACACACACACACACACACACACAGUCUGGGUGAUACUAAUCUCUGCCCACUACCUUGACUGAAUCCGUGUGUGUGUGUGUGUGUGUGUGUGUGUGUGUGUGUGUGUUUAAUUCUUAAGACAGAAAACAGUAUAGGCUAAGCUUUGAGGAACUCUGGUUUCCACAUCUUGACUGAUCAACAUAUUUAAAAGGUCCAGUCAUGGUGGAUCUCUUCUUUGAUAAAGUUCUGGUGAAAAACAAUAAGGACCGGGAUGAGCUGGACACGGAGCGCGAGAUCAUCCUGCGCCUGCAGAAUCGGAUCCUCAUGCUGUUCUUCGGCUCGGCCGAUUGCGAGAGGUGUCAGGAAUUCACACCUACGCUCAAAGACUUCUUCAAGAAACUGACAGACGAGUUCUACGUAGAGCGCUCGGCUCAGCUCGUCCUGCUCUACAUCUCACUCGACACCUCGGAAGAACAGCAGGACAAGUUCCUGAGGGAGCUUCCCAAACGCUGCCUCUUCCUGCCCUUCGAGGACCUUUACAGGAAAGAUCUGAAGGUGAUGUUUGAAGUGGAGGACAUUCCCACAGUAGUGGUUUUGCGCCCCGACGGCUCGGUUCUCUCCCCCAAUGCCGUGAUGGAGAUCUGCUCACUAGGAACACACUGCUACCAGAACUGGCAGGAAGCAGCUGAUUUAAUCGACCGCAACUUCCUGAUGAACGAGGAGUACGACGAGAGCAAGAGGCGCAGCUUCACUGAUGCCAUCCGCCGCCAGAAAUACAAAGUGGAGGACAAGAAGAAGAAGAAGAAGAAGGAUGCAGAAGAGGAUGAUGAUGAUGAUGGAGGAGGAGGAGGAGGAACGUGGGGUUAAAAACUGUGCGGUUUCACCUUGAACUCAGCUGCUGGUUGGUUGAUGGGCAGAGAAGCUGUUGUGCUACUUUAGCAUUCGUGCUGAAACAUUAACAGAUUGUAAUAAAUGUAAAUAAUUAAAUAAAAAGAAAAGAAAACACAACGGGUUGAUGGUGUUGC